CCAAAUUAUAUAAAGUGCACAAUCAUGAGUUCAAAUCUACGCAUUGCGAUCAUUGGUCAAAGCAAUUUUGCUGCCGAUGUGUUGGAGCUGAUAUUGGAGCGCUCGAAGUUUCAGGUGGUGGGCGUGUUCACCAUACCAGACAAGGGCAGUCGCGAGGAUGUGCUGGCCACGACAGCUGCCAGCCACAAUAUACCCGUCUUUAAGUUUGCCAGCUGGCGGCGCAAGGGCGUGCCGCUGCCCGAGGUGCUGGAGCAGUAUAGAUCGGUCAAGGCGGAGCUGAAUGUGCUGCCCUUCUGCUCGCAGUUUAUACCGAUGGAGGUGAUUGAUGGCGCUCGCCUGGGCAGCAUUUGCUAUCAUCCAUCCAUAUUGCCCAGGCAUCGCGGUGCCAGCGCCAUAUCCUGGACACUGAUUGAGGGCGAUGAGGUCGCCGGCUUCAGCAUUUUCUGGGCCGAUGAUGGCUUGGACACAGGACCAUUGCUGCUGCAGCGUCAAACGAAUCUCGAGCCCACAGACACCUUGGACACCAUCUACAAGAGAUUCCUCUACCCAGAGGGCGUCAAGGCCAUGGGCUUGGCUGUCGACAUGGUGGCCGAUGGCACAGCGCCCAAGAUAGUCCAGACUGAGGUGGGCGCCACCUAUGAUCCAGCCAUGUUCAAGGUGGAGAAUCAACAGCUUUGCCUCGCUCAGUCGGCUGUAGGAAUUUUCAAUUUCGUGCGUGGCCUGGACUCGGUGCCUGGAGCGGUAGCCACCGUGGUGCUCGACGAUGGCACCGAGGAGCAGGUGCGUUUCUUUGGCGCCCAUCUCUAUUCGGCGGGACCCGUCAAGGAUGGCAAAGCGCUGAAGCUGAAGGGCUUGGCCAAGCCCGCCUGGGUGCACGAGGGCGGCCUCCUGAUCGAGGGCACCGACGGCGCCUUCGUCAAUGUGCGUCGCAUCAAGCGUGGCACCAAAAUGAUCAAUGCCAGCGAUUGGUUCAAGCAGGCUGAGCAUCAGCCCAUAACAGACUUCAGCGAGGACGAGCUGGCCAAGAAGACGCAGCUGGCGAGCAUUUGGCAGGCCAUCCUAAAGGCGCCCAUCGAAGGAGCUACGGAUUUCUUUGCCGCUGGCGCUGGCUCAAUGGACGUGGUGCGUCUGGUUGAGGAGGUCAAGGACGCCUUUGAUGUGCCGCUGGAGAACGAGAAUGUGUUUAUGGCGCCCGUUUUCGACGAGUUCUUCGACCAGCUCGUUCGCAACUUGCGUCAGGGUAGCGGCGGUGCCGGCGGCAAGCAGGUGGAGUACAAGGGCUUCCAGCUGAAGGCGAACAAACGCGACAUUCGAGUGCCCACACAGCUUUUCAUCAAUGGCGAAUUUGUGGAUGCCGAGAAGAAUCGUGUGCUGGAGAUUGUGAAUCCCACCGAUGAGACGGUGCUCUGCGAGGUGGCCUGUGCCAGUGCCAAUGAUGUGGAUAAGGCGGUGCAGGCCGCUCACAAGGCUUUCUUUGGCUCCUGGAAGCAGGUCUCGGCCAGGCAACGCGGCCAACUCAUGUUGAAACUGGCCGAUUUGAUGGAGCAGUACAAAGAGGAUUUGGCUACCAUUGAAUCGGUUGACUCGGGCGCUGUCUACACCCUGGCGUUGAAGACCCACAUCGGCAUGUCCAUUGAUGCCUGGCGCUACUUCGCUGGCUGGUGCGAUAAGAUUCAGGGAAAUACGAUACCCGUGAAUCCGGCUAGACCCAAUAAUGUCUUGACAUUUACGCGCAAGGAACCAAUUGGGGUCUGUGGUCUGGUCACUCCCUGGAACUAUCCCCUGAUGAUGCUCUCCUGGAAAAUGGCUGCGUGCAUUGCGGCCGGAAAUACCUGCCUGAUCAAGCCAGCUCAAACGUGUCCUCUGACUGCUCUGAAAUUCGCCGAGCUAUCGGUCUUGGCCGGUUUUCCGCCGGGUGUGAUCAAUGUGCUGCCCGGCAAAGGCUCCGAUGCGGGUCAAGCUGUUGCCGAUCAUCCCUUGGUGCGCAAAUUGGGCUUCACGGGCUCCACGCCCAUUGGCAAACACAUUAUGAAAUCGUGUGCGGACUCCAAUUUGAAGAAAUGCUCGUUGGAACUGGGCGGCAAGAGUCCCUUGGUCAUAUUCGCCGACUGCGAUCUAGACAAGGCUGUAAAGCAUGGCAUGUCCUCUGUCUUCUUCAACAAAGGUGAGAACUGCAUAGCGGCUGGCCGUCUUUUCGUUGAGGAUCGCAUUCAUGAUGAGUUUGUGCGUCGUGUCCUGAAGGAUCUGCGCUCAAUGACCAUUGGCGAUCCGCUUAAUCGCUCCACAGCGCACGGACCACAGAAUCAUAAGGCGCAUAUGGAUAAAUUGAUCGAAUAUUGUGAACGCGGUGUGGCCGAGGGCGCCAAGCUCGUCUAUGGCGGCUGUCGGGUGCCCAAUAUGAAGGGCUAUUUCUUUACGCCCACCGUGUUCACAGAUGUCGAGGACAAUAUGUUCAUAGCACAGGAGGAAUCCUUUGGUCCCAUCAUGAUCAUAUCCAAAUUCAAUGGCAGCGACGUCGAUUCGGUGAUGACGCGCGCUAAUCGCUCGGAAUAUGGCCUAGCCAGCGGCGUCUUCACCAAGGACAUUAGCAAAGCCUUAAGCUUUGCCGAUCGCAUCGAGGCCGGCACCGUCUUCGUCAAUGUCUAUAAUAAAACAGAUGUGGCUGCUCCCUUUGGCGGCUUCAAGCAGAGCGGCUUCGGCAAGGAUCUCGGCCAGGAGGCACUGAACGAGUAUCUGAAGACCAAGUGCGUUACCAUCGAGUACUGAAC